GGGAGGCUGAAGACCUUUGGAAGACGACAGUAGUCUCGCACUCAUCUCCCACUAGACUAGUGUUCAGCUUUGCGCCAGGUCUUUUUCAGAAGCGCACUACUUUUCCAAUUGGAUCUCGAAAAAUGCGCGAGUGUAUUAGCAUCAACAUUGGUCAGGCCGGGGUCCAAAUGGGUGGCCAUUGUUGGGAGCUAUUUGGUUUGGAACACGGGAUUGGGCCCGAUGGAAAUUUAUUGCCGGAAUCUGUCGAGAAGCGGAGCCUCAAACCUGAUGGAUCGGAUUUCAGUUCAUUCUAUUCCGAGACCAAAGCUGCCAAAUAUGUUCCUCGAUCCCUGUUUGUGGACCUGGAGCCCAUGGUGGUGGAUGAAUUGCGCCAUGGCGCUUACAAGAGUCUGUUCCACCCGGAAUUGAUCAUCAAUUCCAAAGAGGACGCGGCCAAUAACUUUGCUCGAGGUCAUUACACCGUGGGCAAGGAAAUGAUUGACCUCACCAUGGACAAGCUCCGAAAGAUGACAGACGCGUGCGAGGGCCUGCAGGGCUUUCUCGUGUUCCACUCGUUUGGCGGGGGAACCGGCUCCGGAUUCACGGCCCUGCUCAUGGAACGAUUGAGUGCCGAGUUCCCUCGCAAGAGUAAACUGGAUUUUGCCGUGUAUCCUUCGCCCAAAGUGGCUACGGCUGUGGUGGAACCCUAUAAUUCCAUCCUGACCACCCAUUCCACCAUGGAGCAGACGGAUUGCUCGUUUUUGGUGGAUAAUGAGGCCAUCUUCGACAUCUGUCAACGGAGACUCGACAUAGGACGACCUUCUUAUUCGAAUUUGAACCAUUUGAUUGCUCAAGUGGUUUCCUCCAUCACGACCAGCCUCAGAUUCGAGGGACAAUUGAAUGUGGAUUUGAACGAGUUCCAAACGAAUCUUGUGCCCUAUCCCAGGAUCCAUUUCCCGCUGGUCAGUUACGCCCCCGUUAUUUCUCAGGAGAAGUCGAAACAUGAGUUCUUGUCGGUGAGCGACCUCACUACUUCAUGCUUUGAGCCCGAUUAUCAAAUGGUCAAAUGUGAUCCCAGACAAGGCAAAUACAUGGCCUGUUGCUUGCUUUAUCGAGGCGAUGUGGUGCCCAAGGAUGUCAAUGCAGCCAUCAAUAUCAUCAAAACCAAAAGAGCCAUCCAAUUCGUGGAUUGGUGUCCAACUGGCUUCAAGGUGGGCUUAAACCAAGAACCCAUGAGCAUCGUUCCAGGAUGCCAACAAGCUAGAGCACCGAGGUCGGUCUGUAUGAUUUCGAAUACAACUGCCAUUGUGGAGGCCUGGUCGAGGCUCAAUCACAAAUUUGACCUCAUGUAUGCCAAACGGGCCUUUGUUCAUUGGUAUGUGGGCGAGGGAAUGGAAGAAGGCGAAAUGACCGAGGCCAGAGAAGAUUUGGCAGCCCUCGAGAACGACUACGAUGAAGUGGCCAACGAGGACCCACAAAGUGCCGAUGGUCAAGACGACGAAUAUUAGAUCGACCAAACUACCCAAUUCAUUAUGUUCUCCACGCAACCUCUCUUUCCUCUUUUCGAGAAGGAUUCAAACGAGAAGUUUUACACCCUUUUAUCUGAACGAAAUCGUGCAAAUUUCAAAUGGGCGUUGGUUUCCAGUCGCUUUGGCGGAAUGAGUCCUGCAACUGCAUGGCCAAUGGCAAAUAAAAUCCUGCAAACCCU